AUGGCACCAACAAAGCAGGAACUCUCCCUGCUAAUCAAUCCCCUCGUACCCGAGUCUGUCCAACAUAAUAACCGCGUCCUCUCCUCCCUCCACAGCCUAACCUCCUUCCUCCUGGGCCUCUCAGCCGGAAUCCUAGCCCUGCAAUCAACCUCCGGCUUCGCCUUCUACUUCCUCGGCACAAUUCUCGUCUCAGCACUCUUCCACGCCGUCCUCCUCCACCGCUCCGGUGGCGCAGGCGCAGGUUCUUUCUUCCCCGGCAGCAAUGCCGGCGAGAUCGAGGGGCAACUGGAGAUGGAUAAGGAUGGGAUUGUGCGGAUGCAGCUUAAGGGUGGGAAUGGUAAGAUUUUGAGGAAGGGGGCUUGGAGGGAUGUUUGGUUUGGGGGUGGUGUUAUGAGUGAGGCGCUUUCAGGGUUUGUGCUGGGCUGGGCUGGUGUUGGGGGUGUUUUGAGGUAG